AUGAAAUUUUCUUGUGUCCUGUUCGUUUUUGUUGCGAUGAUUGGCUUGACUCAAGCCAAUCCUGUCCGUGUCCGUCGUGAAGCCGCCGACGUCUAUUGCAUUAGGCAUUUCGAGCACUUCCAGAAGUACUGUGGAGACGAGAACUUCUUAGCCACUCGUGACUUACUUCCAAAGGUUGUCAAGUUCUGCCCAGCCUAUCAGAAGCAUUGCGCCGUUGGAAAAUCUGGAGUUGUUGAGCUACCUGAUCUUGGAUCUCAGUUGGUUCUGCCACCAUCCAUUGAGAGAGCUUCUAAAUUCGAUCGUCUUUUGGACUUACCAAUGAGCGAUGACAAGGAUAUCUUCACCUCAAAUAAAUUCUCCCCAGCGAAAUCAACUCGUCUUACUGCUGCCAUUGUUGCCACUUGCAAUCCAGACUGCGUAGACCCACAAUGUACCGACGAGUGCAAAUGUGCUCACACUCAUCCAAAGGUUCAUGCCACGUGCAAUCCACCAUCUUCUGCUGCGAUGGCUCAAACUUGUCAACGUUGGUAUGCCAAGUGCACCAUGUUCUCCCCAGUACAAUACUAA